AUGGUAUUUUUGAAUAUUUUGAUUCCUUUACUUCUCGGUUCUAUCGGAGUGAUUUUAAACUUAAUUUUAAUUGUAAAAUUCAUGAAAAUAAAGAAGAGCGCGGUUACAAAUUUUACAAAACUAUGUCUCUGCAAAGCAAUUUCCAAUUUUGUUAUGAGCGCAUCGUUUCCAUUUUGGAUUGUUCCUUUUUCAAUGCUGGAAUUUAAAAUCCAAAACAUUCCGAGAACAUUGAAUGUGAUUGUUUCUGAAUUUGUUGGUAUAUUUACUUAUUAUUUUGGGCCUUUUAUUUUAAUAUGUAUGUCUAUAAAUCGAUUCAUUGCUAUUUACUUUCCAUUUUCAACAAUUUCCAAAAAACCAUUUUUCACAAACUUUGGUAUUUUUAUUUCAAUUUUGCUUGCAAGUUCGCCAGUGUUUGUACCCAAAAUAUUCAGUUGCUAUAUAAUUUAUGAUCCAGAGACUACUAUUUUUUCAUCGGAAAACUACGAUCGGUGCGGGGAAGCUAUGAAUCAAUUUUUCGUGAUAUCAAUAGUAACAUUGGCGUUAAUAUCUAAUCUGAUCAACUUGGUUAUUUUUGCCAAACUCAUGAAAGAUAAGAUGAGUGGAGUCAGUGAAGCUCAAAAAAGCAAGCGACGGAAAAAGUGGCAAACGAUGUACAUUCAAAGUGUCAUUCAAGAUUUUUUGCAAGCAGUAGAUAUUAUAAAUUUAUAUUACACAUCUGGGCUUUUCGAUGAUCCUCUUUGGGUUUUUGUGUUUACUUCUGUUUCUUUUUCGUCUGUAUAUAUGCUCGACGGAGCAACAAUGGUGUAUUUCCAUUCAAACUUUAAACUUGUGUGCUCUUGUAAAAUCGCAAGCACGAAAAACGUUGUGAUGGUAUCUGGAAAGGAGAGCUCAGCUUUUAAGCUUGCUACUAAUUCAAAGAUUUAGUCUUUUUGUUGAUUCUUAAUUAUUAACCGAUUCAAUAAUAGUAUUAUCCCUAAAAUAAUUUUAAAAUGUUUUUCAAAUUUUCAUUUAUACUUUCAAAACAAUUUUUCUGGAAACAAAUAAAUAAGAAAAAAUUUGCAGCAAGCUAUAAGAUUUUUAAUUAAUUUGUCUGCGAAAUAUUUCACAUAGAACAACACGCUCCGCGUUCUAAAAUCUACAGGAAUGAAUUUAUCGAAAUUAAGACUUUUUUGUCAGAAUGUGCAUCAAAGUUACAUUAGCAUGUCUGGAAAAUUAUACAAAUUACACAGUUGUCUAGAAUUAUUCAACAACAAAAAAAGGAAUUUUUAUCAAAAUUAUCUCAAGCACAAUGCUCCUCUCCAUCAAAAAUCCACAACAAAUUUAGAAUUGUACCCAACCCUAUAUACAUUUGCAAUAGGUCUACUACAAUUUAUUAAUUCAAAGAAGCUGGUUUGUGAAUUUACAUUUUUUGUUCUUUGGGAAAUUAAAAAAA